UUGACCAUAGAGCUGUUAGAGGAGAACAAUUUAUCUGGAGGGCAGACACAGGUGAUGCAGGCGCGAGCUCAUUUUUAUUUUAUUUUAGCUAAGUGUCGUAUAUUUUUAUUUAUUUUGUGUGCAGUGAUGAUUGAAUUAGGCUGUUGACUCUCUCACGACGAGAACUGAGGUUGAUACAAUCACAUUAAAUCCAGUAAAACCAAAUCUUGGACAUUUAAACAGCAAGACAAUUGACGGUCAAUUGAACAUAGUUUACCAGUAGUACUUCCGGUGGAUAUAUUCAAAAUAAAACCUUUGAACCGGCAGAUGUAAAUAGGCGUUGUAACUGAGGGAAUCGUUACAUUAGUAGAAACAGAAUAUGUGAUUUGUGCAAGACGUGGAUAUGUUUUUUUUUUUUCUAUUAUACGUCUUCUGUGAAUGUGCGUAGGCUUCUUUGAACGUAACGCCAAACAAACUACUACAUAUCCCAGUAUGCUUUUCGGCCAAACAAGAUGGUUGCACACAUCACUGGGUGAGGAGGACUGGGUAUUUUAAUGUACCUUUUACAGCUAUGCCGAGUUUUUUCGUAGUAUUUUUGCUCUUCGUAAGGUGUGCGUCUACGUCGGAUAUAAAAGCCUCACAGAAUGGCCACAGUCCCACUGAGAGCGUUCUCAUGUCAAUGUGGCACAACAGGCUGUACCUGUAUUCAGCUGUUGCACUUAUCUUUGGGAUCUGGUUCUCACUGAAGCUGGUACUGAAGAAGAAAAGCUUAUCCAAAAAUGACAGGUUGAAGACCUACAAAACUGUUAAGAACAGCGACCGCUCUCACGCUGACACCGUGGCUCAUGUGUCAGGAGUUAAAAUCUUCUAUGGCUCACAGACUGGAACAGCAAAGGGCUUUGCAAGAGAGCUGUCGGAGGAAGUGAAUGCUCUGGGAAUACCAGCUGAGGUAACUGACAUGAAAGACUACGAUCCUGAUGACCAGCUUGCUGAUGAGUGCUCCAGUAAAUCAGUGUGCGUGUUUCUUGUGGCCACGUACACUGAUGGGCAGCCCACAGAGAACGCCGAGUGGUUCUGCAAGUGGCUGGAAGAGGCGUCCACAGACUUCAGAUAUGGGAAGACCUACCUCAAAGGCCUCAGAUAUGCGGUGUUUGGUCUUGGCAACUCGGUCUAUGUUGGCCACUAUAACACGGUGGGUAAAAAUGUAGAUAAGUGGCUUUGGAUGCUGAGUGGCAGGCGAAUCAUGACCAGAGGAGAGGGCGACUGUAAUGUGGUGAAGAGCCGUAAUGGCAGCAUCCAGGCCGACUUCCUGGCCUGGAAGGUCAAGUUCCUGAACCGCCUACAGGCCCUGGCCAAGGGGGAGAAGAAGAGCUGCAGCGGGAAGUGUAAAAGCAGAGGCUCCUGUAAGAACAAGCGGAAAGACGGACAUGUGGAAGAGAAGAAAGCAGCUCUGCAGAGUAACAGCUCUGAGGAGAAUGUGAUGGAAUCCAGCAGUGAUGAGAGCGAGUCUGGCCCACAAGAUGAUAAGACAGCAGGCUCAGUGGUUGACAUGGAGGACCUGGGAAACAUCAUGAACAGCAUCAAGAAAGCAAAGAGCAGAGAGGAGGAUCAAGUAGAUGGCCAGAUGGUGAAGCUAUCCAAGUUGAACGAGGUGACAAAGAUUGAAGACGAAGGGGAAAGAAGAGAGAUGAUCACGCCGGCCCUUAGAGAAGCACUGACAAAGCAAGGGUAUAAACUAAUUGGAAGUCACUCAGGAGUGAAGCUUUGUCGAUGGACCAAGUCUAUGUUGCGAGGGAGAGGAGGCUGUUACAAGCACACUUUCUAUGGUAUUGAGUCCCAUCGGUGCAUGGAGACUACCCCCAGCCUGGCCUGCGCUAACAAGUGCGUCUUCUGCUGGAGACAUCACACCAACCCUGUGGGCACAGAGUGGCGCUGGAAGAUGGACCCUGCUGAGAAGAUUCUGCAGGAUGCUUUGGAGAAGCACCAGCACAUGGUUCGACAGUUCAGAGGUGUUCCUGGAGUGAAGCCUGAGCGGUUUGAGGAAGGCCUGACAGUCAAGCACUGUGCCCUUUCUCUGGUGGGUGAGCCAAUCAUGUACCCUGAAAUCAACGCCUUCAUCCGCCUCCUCCACUCCCACCACAUCUCCAGUUUCCUGGUCACCAAUGCACAGUUCCCAGAUGAAAUCAGGAGCCUGGUGCCAGUCACCCAGUUGUAUGUGAGCGUGGACGCUAGCACCAAAGACAGUUUGAAGAAGAUUGACCGGCCACUGUUUCAGGACUUCUGGUCACGCUUCCUGGAUAGCCUGAGGGCCCUCGGAGAGAAGAGACAGAGGACCGUGUACAGACUGACGCUGGUGAAGGCCUGGAAUGUGGAGGAGAUACAGGCCUACUCGGAGCUCAUUGCAUUGGGCCAGCCAGACUUCAUUGAGGUCAAGGGGGUGACGUACUGUGGGGAAAGCUCGGCCAGCAGCCUGACGAUGGCAAACAUCCCCUGGCACCAGGAAGUGGUCGCCUUCGUCCAGCAGCUGGUAGACAUGUUGCCUCAGUAUGAGAUCGCCUGUGAGCAUGAGCACUCCAACUGUUUGCUCAUUGCACACACCAAGUUCAAGGUGGAUGGUGAGUGGUGGACAUGGAUUGACUAUGAGCGUUUUCUGGAACUGGUCCAGGCUGACGAGGAGAGUAGGGGACAGCAGACUUUCUCAGCCUUGGACUACAUAGCCAAGACUCCCAGCUGGGCUCUGUUCGGAGCCUGCGAGCAAGGUUUCGACCCCGCAGACACACGCUUCCAACGACACAACAAAACCAAAGACAUCUCAGGAUGCUGAUGAUGAGAGAAACUGAGAGAGGUAGGGUGAAUACAGCAAGCGGUGACAUCUGUAGUAAAACAUAAUAAAGGAAGUAGGGUUUAAUGUUUGUAUUGUCCCCACUUUGAGUGGACCGUUACCUUCUUCUGGGCAGCUUUUAUUUAAACUGUCUACAUCUGCCCUCAUUGUUGCUUGAAGUUUGAUCUUUAAUUUUAUUGGCCGUAUUUGGAAUAAACAUGUUUGGAAUGAGCUGCCUUGUCAUUUUUGAC